ACCAUUUUCAGAGAACAUUACAUUGCCCCAAAAGGAAAGUUGCAGGGUUGUGGGAACGUCCGAAUGAAGGAGACUCUGCACUCGGCUAGUCAAGUCUCCGGCCUGACUUGCUAAUCCCCUUCACUUCUUCAUCAAUUUCACCUCCUCCGAUUGCAUUGAACUUUACACAAACAUGGAAACGCCUCGUUCUCCAAAGCCCACGAGCUUCGUUUCGCUGCUUUCCAUUUGUUUCUUCUUCGAUUCCGUUCGCUCUGUUCCAUCACUCAUCGGAGUUCACCCCCUCGAUGAGAAGUAUUAUUACUCGGAGGUCAUAAAAUGCAAGGAUGGUUCUAAAUCUUUCACUAUUGAUCGUCUCAACGAUGAUUUCUGUGACUGCGUUGAUGGAACUGAUGAGCCUGGUACUUCUGCCUGUGCAAGAGGGAAAUUCUAUUGUCGGAAUAUGGGAAGCACACCACGAUUCAUAUUUUCUUCCCGUGUCAACGAUCGUAUUUGUGAUUGCUGUGAUGGAAGUGAUGAAUACGAUGGUAAUAUCUUUUGCCCGAACACAUGUGUCAUGGGGGGAAAUAUAGUGUACAAGAGCAACAAUGAUAUUUCAACUACUCGAGAUGUUGAUAUAAUAGUCAACAGAAAAGUUCAGGAAGAAAUCACCGAGGAGGACAUCUUCCAAAAGCUAAUUGGUUUGAAGCUAGUAAUAAUCCUACAGGUAGCCCUAACAAGUUUUGCAAUCCUCAUUUGGGCAAACCGUUGUCGUGUGAAAUCUAAGAGAAGACGACACCGUUGAAGCCAGCAUGGCAAUCGUCAUUCUUCUCCGCUAUUAUCCAAAUACGUGCUCACAAAGCUUGACACAUGGGAUAAAGAACUCCUGCUACCUUCACCCUUCUUUGCAGAGCCAUGCCUAUCUUAACAGCCUUAACAAACCAUGAUCCAUUAGUUGCCUGGGGCUUAGCUUUAGUUUAUAUAUAUAUAUAUAAAGAUCACAACAGCAGAAUAACACAGAGGAUUAGCUACUCAACAAUUUUGUUACAAUGUUUGUCUUGUAUGACUUUCAAUAACCAAAUGAAGGUUGUGUAAAAGUAAAA